CCGGACGCAGGAACGCCACCCGCGCGCCGCCGGCACCCCCAAAGCUCUUUACCGCUGCCUGUGCCUGAAACCUGGACUCUGGACUGUCCGCCGGGACUCCUAGGACUCUCCCUACACAUUGUGCAACAAGGGGUGUUUACGAACUAACAAUAUUGAUACUUGUUCUCUAACGUAGAGACAAAGUGUUACAACUCGUGCUUAUUUCACCGGAGUGUUAAUCCGAUUUCUGAUUGUUUAUUGGAUCGUUUGUUCAUCAGUGAAGAUAACCAAACACCCGUAAGCGGUCGCCUCUAAAUUGCGAUUACAAUAUUUAAGACAGCUGCUGGCUCAAGACAGACGACUUCACUACAACCAUGGCAAAAAUUCUAAACCACAUCGCAUUUGUAACAGCGAACUUGGUGAACUGAGUUCUUGAGAUAUAGAAGAACGGGUUGGGGUGAAUAAUGGGAAAGAGGAACGUACGGAUCAAAUUCGCACACUCCAUUGGUCCACCGCUUGACUCGAGCACAUUGGGUUCGUCCAAGUAGCACCCCAGCCCCACGCUUCGUUCAUCCGCUGUAUAAUCAGUUACCGACGCUCUAGCGACUGCCAAUAAAGUACAAGUCAUAUCGGGUUUAAUUCACUUAUAUAAAUUUAGAUUUACUUACCGUAGUACAAAAACAUACAGAAUACAAAUACGACUACAUUUUACUUGAUGUAACAGAACUGAUAAUAAAACUAACCGAGCAGUCGUCCUCGGUUAUUAAAUUGAAACGGUAGACAUGACGGCCACUGCCCCAGAACUGUCAAAAUCAGAUUUCUUUGAUUUUGUGACGUCUAAUGAAGUUACAGAUGCUCAGUAUAAACAGCAGAUGCGUUCUGUGAACGUGUUUAUGGAAUCUCCGGACUCUAGGUCGAAUCCUUUACUCUCGGAGGAGCCUAAGGAGCAGAAUAAUAAUAAUUUAUUAAGCGUUACAAGUACUCAAGUUGCUUCUAAUAAUAGUAUGGCGACUGCCACUACUUCCACUACCCUCCAGAGUUUUGAUUCUAUUUGGAACGUUGAUCGUGAUCGCGAUCGCUUGGAUUCUGCCAUGCUAGAAGAUCUCAACAAGUUUUAUUGGAAUCAGGACAACGAAAUAAAUGGCACUCACCCCUGUACAGACACUACUAUUUCUAAUAAGCUUAUCAGUAAUACAGAUGGACAAAUUUACACAUUAACAGUUCUUAAUCAAGACAUUAAUGAACCAAGUACGAAUCGAUACUGGCCUAAAGAAGAAGACGUUUCAAUGUCAAGUCCUACUGAUAUAGAACAACCUUCUUCUUUAGAUCUUGACUCAAUUUUAAGUAUGAAUGGAUUUCCCAACGAUUUUAACCAAGAUUUAACAAAAGUGGAUGAAUUUACUUAUGAAGAUGGAGAUUCUGAAAGUCAAAAUACAGACAUGACCUCAAGUAAUCUAGUAAAAGUAGAGCCAUACACUUACGAAGAUAAUGAUUUCCAGACCAGUGAUAAAAAAGAUGAAAAUUUAAAUACAAUCGUUGGUAAUGCGGCUAUUUUAGAAACACAGGAUGAAUUUAAUAAUAAUAAUAAUGAUUGGAAAGUUACAGAUCAUAACACAGAAUCGAAUGAAUCUUUACUAAGAAGUGCAUUACAAGGAAAAACUUUCAUUCGAUAUAGCACUAUACAAAAAAAUGCUAUAAAACUUGAACCUAGUACAGAAUUAAAAAGAUUAAUAAUAAAUAAUAACAACAAAGCUGAAAUACCAUCAACAUAUCAAGAUAACAAAGAUGCAGAUCCCGCAUUGCUAAUGGCGAUUGGACCACCAAAUGGAAAUGUGAACAUUUCUAUAUUUUUUGAAGACACUAAUUCCACAGUUAUCACUAAUGGAGAAAAUCCAUCUUCAACGCAAAGCGUCGAUGAUAUUAUAUUGUCUCAGUUAGAUAACAAUUAUCCGGAGGAUUAUGAAAAAUUAAAACGGAUAGCCACUGAACUCGGGGAAUCGAUACAACCAUAUUAUACUGUGGAGCCCAUCGACCCGACUCGUAAUGUAUACAAUAUACAGAAUAUAAACGGUGAACUAGUUACAAUUCCUGCGAGUGAAGUUCAAUUGCCACAACACUUGCAAAUCGUGACCGCUUCGCCAACUGUUACCAGCACAAAAACAGCCAGCAAAAAAUAUAAAAGAAUACCGAAUAAGAGUUCACCACCGACGACUCAAGCGCAGUCUGGCACAGCUAUUCAAGCAGCCACGUCAACAUCGAAUGGUGUUAGAAAAGAAAGAUCACUUCAUUACUGUUCAAUUUGUUCAAAAGGGUUCAAAGACAAAUACUCUGUGAACGUACACGUAAGGACGCAUACAGGAGAAAAACCGUUUUCAUGUUCACUUUGUGGAAAAAGCUUCCGUCAAAAAGCGCACCUUGCGAAGCACUACCAGACGCACAUCGCGCAAAAGAGUGCAGCAGCCAAUGGCGCUGUGAAACCGAAUAAGCAGAGGUAACCGCACCGACCGCCGCUACAGACUCGGCCAUUCACAUUCGUAGUCAAUUGAACUUUGUCACAGUGAUAAUCGAUGUAAUAAUUAUGUAAUCGAAUACCUAAAGGCUGAAAUAUCACACAUGAAUUUGGUAAGGUGCUAAUUAAUGUCAUAGUUGUAGAAAAAUAAGGCAGUUAGAAAAGAAAAAUUCGAAAGUUCUUAGACAUUGUCUUAAUUGUUAAUUUGUGUGUAAAUCCGUCCGUUACCGAAUACUUUUUAGCUUUAGCUAAGAAUAGGUAGUUUUAUAUAUGAGAUUAUUUUAAAGUUUACAUUCCAUAUUUAUUAGUCAUGUUAAUAUUAAUUAAAUCUAAAGUCAAACGUAUUUCUACGCAUUUGUAAGCUGAUAUAUUUCGUUCUUGAUAAAUUUAAAAGAUAUGCAGAAUCUGAUGUCUUACAUAAGCCAUACAGAUAUAUAUUUUAUAUUAAUUUUAUUUAUUAGCUAUCUGGGACUAUACUGAUAUCAAUAGUGAAAUGAAAAAAGUCAUCAGAUAAAUUCCACAGACAAUGAUGAGCAACGCUGGGAUUAGCUCGCCGCCGCCGUAAUUUCUCCCGCAGCGCGACCGACUAAACUUUCUAAAAAAUAAAAUAAAAACAGAGUAAAAGAACGAGCGUUCAGUACCUACCAUCUUUCACCGUUCAACUAUCGCAUCUCUAUAUACCUAGUGUUGCUCUCUGUUUUGGUCGCUAUGUUAUUUUUUUUCAUGCACGGCUCAUGUAUUGCGUACUUACUAUCGUUUUCGACAGUGGAACGAAUUGUAAAUGUUACAUAACAUGUUUCAUUACAAUUAUAAGGUACUCUGCAAUGCGUUAUGGCUUAUUAUAUUAAAUAUGAUUGUUAUCAUUGCGUAUUUAGAGGAACAAAAUAAUUAUUUUGCCAUUCAAUCCAUAUCGGUCAAUAUAGUGAACGGUUCUCGUUUCCAAUAUUACAUCUUUCUCCUCAUACUAGGAGAGGCCUGAUUGCUCUCAGAUUGCUAUAAAUUAGAAAUACAAGUGCUGUUCCAAUAAUAGUCUUUAAAAUUGUGCUCCCUUUCUCGUGUAAUAAAAUGGCCUUUCUUUGUUCAGACCAUGUACUACAUAAUGUUUUGUCUUACGUUGUUUACACAAAGUAAUGGACCGCUGAUAAGGUUUUCUUAUAAUAAUAUCAACUGGCGGACAAUCUACGAUCAGAAACAUAAAGGUGUCCAUUAUUAGUAAAUUGCUCCGUAUUACUAAUACCCAAUCCGUUUAAUCCAUUUCUCUAUCAUUUUCAGCAAUAGAUAAUGCAGAUAACAUAAUAAUUUUUAAACAACGAACUUUCACAGUUUCUAGUAAUUUAAAGAUUAUUAUCGUCUAUUCAUAUUACCAAAUCUAUUAAAUCUAACCACAAAACGACUAACAUUAUUCGAAAUUUUCUGUUCAUUAAUACAUUACGCAGCAUAUUAUUUUGUAAAAAAGUAAAAUGAAUUUAAUUCGAAUCGACCUCCAUAGCAGGAAACCAAGUCGUUUUAAUGAGUAUUGAGUCGUGACACAGCACGUUGUGUGCGGGCGACGCAACGCGGGCGUCGAGGCGCUGUUUACCACCGCUACUGUGCCACAAGUGCCAAACUGCCACCGCAACUCGGGCACUACAUUCCACCAAACUUAUGCGCACUACGACAUACUACAUUGCAACAGUUGCCACUUGCUUUAAACAAACAUAAUACUCAAUAAUAAUUUAACUUUACUUGUUCCGGUUUAAGUAUAUUUUUAUUUUUAUGACAUGCUAUAUGUACUUCCGGAGUACAAAGAAUAAUUUAAUUUAAAUAGGCAGUGUACUUUAUAGAGUCCACUAAGUAUAAUCAUCAAUAGCAAUAAAUUAAAUACCUACUAGCAAUAAGGUCAAAUCGGUCAACAAUAAGUUUCGACCUCCGCACGUCACAGCCGCGGCACAUUCGCUAUAGCCGGUUAGUAUCACCGUAUCACACAUUAGGCCCACAAUGUUGUUUUUGCACGACACGCGACCUAGCACGUUUUUUACGAACUAUUUCAUUAUAUCUAAGGCCACUAGAUAAAACUAUUAAAUACAUAGACAGGACCAUAGGUAUUUAUAAUUUACAUUAAAAUAAACUUACACAAUGAA